AUGCUUCCUAUCAAGGCAUUCACAGUACUUAGUUGUGACUAUAUUUUUCAUAGACUUUGCAUUGAGAUAAAACUUUUACAUACUUCGACUGGUAUGUGUCUAUCCCCUGAUUGUGGGAAGAAUGUUGAGAUAAUUGUUGAUGAUUCUCCUGAAGUUAACAAUAGGCGAGAUUUACAGUCUAGUACGUUAUCAGUGGUUG